GCUCACACGCUAUAAAGAAUUUCUUUCCAAGAAAUGUAAGCUCGGGGCAAAGCGAGGCCUCUCCGUUUCCCUCCCACAAAGUGGUUUCUUUGCAAGCACCUGCUUUAUCAACUCUCCCUCCCCAGUUCUCUCCCCUAACCCGGGGCCCAGAGUCCGAAGGCGUCUUCGGUCGUAGGCCGGCCCCGGCCAGCAGCCACAAGAGCCCAGCGCCUGCUCUCGAGAAAGGAACAAGGAGGAGGCUCGGACCGGACUUCCACGUGGGCACGGAGGCGGCCAUCUCGCGUCCUGGCAGGAGCAGUCCGCGGGGUCAGAGCGGCAGGCGGACCGGGAGCUGCCGCCCGUACUCAAGAUGGCGGCCAUGGAGGGCGUGGCCUGUGACUCGGAGGUUCCGAAAAGGUGCCGUAUCAUGGCGGCGACGGAGGAGCGGAGCCGAGAGGAAGAAGAAGAGGAAGAAGAGGAGGCAGAGCAGUUGGUUCUGGUGGAAUUGUCCGGAAUUAUUGACUCAGACUUUCUAUCAAAAUGUGAAAAUAAAUGCAAGAUUUUGGGAAUUGACACUGAGAGGCCCAUUCUGCAAGUGGACAGUUAUGUCUUUGCUGGAGAGUAUGAAGUUGCUUUCAACUUUUCUGCAGACACUCUUGGGACCUGUGUUAUUUUCGAAGAAAAUGUUGAACAUGGUGGUGUGGAAUGGCUGCAGAUCAAGGACAAUGAUUUCUCCUAUAGACCCAACAUGAUUUGUAGCUUUCUGCAUGAAAGUGAAGAUGACGAUGUGGUAGCUCCAGCCUCAGAGAAACCUUUGGAGCUGGAAGAGCAAGAGAUUCAAAUGAAAGAUAGUUCAAACCUGAGUUAUGAACAGGGGAAACCACUGAACUUGGAGAUAGAGAAUUCUGGUUCUCUUACUGAUAUCCCUUCUGAGUCAGAAGGUUCUGUAUUUAUGGAAACUCAAGAUACUGCCUUAGAAAUCACUCCUAGAUGAAAUGUUUCUCAUAGUAACUAGUAACAAACUUUUUGGAGCUUUUAUAUAAAAUAAUUGACUGUGUA